CUUGGUUUGUGAUAUAAAAAACUGGUAUAAAACGUGGCCUACAAACCACAGGAAGCCCUUUUGUUCUGAUCCCCCAGAUCAAUUCUCAUGUGUUUCCUGAGCAUAUGAAGGUUUGUGAUGUUCGGUAGUGUACCUCUAUUCUCUUUUAUUUUCCAUGCUACUGUCUGUAUGUCUCCUUCCCUCCAGAGAGAAGCCUCUCUUCAUAGACAAGUGACUAAGGCAUCGUUACACAGUCCCAGGUGACACAAGAGAAGGAGAAAGAGAUGGAAGAGCUGAACCCAGAAGGACCUGGAUCUGGCAAGACAGCAAGGAAAGGCCUCCUUUCCACCCUAGCUGGGAGUGGUGUUGAAUUCUGGGAAAGCCCUUUGACAGACGACUGUGAUCAUCUCACUGCAAUCUCAGAUGUAUACUGCCAACACUUCCGGCAGUUACGCUACCACGAGGCCGAUGGGCCCCGAGAGGUUUGCAACCAGCUUCAUGGACUUUGCUACCUCUGGCUGGAGCCAGAGACUCAUACCAAGAAGCAGAUCUUGGACCUGGUGAUCUUGGAGCAGUUCCUGACUAUUCUGCCUCAGGAAAUGCAGUGCUGGGUCAGAGGAUGUGGGCCAGAGACCAGUUCCCAGGCAGUGGCCCUGGCCGAAGGUUUCCUCCUGAGUCAGGCAGAGGAGAAGAGGCAGGCAGAGCAGAUGCUGGGACCAGCAGUGAAGAUGGAAGCUAACUUCUCUGAGGAAGAAGGAUCUUCUUUGGAGGAAGGGUGGGGGGCUCAGGCCCAGGAGCACGGCCAGGAUGCCCUCUCAUGUGGUAGCGGACAGGCGGUGUUCAGCCACUGUCUUGGCAGAGAUAUGGAAACAGCUGCUGUUCUUCCAGUCCAGGUAGAGGAGUGUCCCUUUUCCUUUGAGGAGGUGGCUGUGCAUUUCACUGAGGCAGAGUGGGCCCUGCUGGAUCUGGGCCAAAGAGCUCUCUACAACGAUGUCAUGCUGGAGAACUAUGAGACUGUGGCCUCUCUGGAAGAUGAUCAGAGGAAUGAAGAGUAUGAAGAACUGCAUUAUCUGUCACCAGAUGAAGCCGAGAAUGAAGACCUGAGAGAAAAGAAUGAAGACUUCAACUUCAGAACUCAAGGCAGACCCCAGAGGCAGAAAGGAAGCCAUGCAGUUGAGAACAGAGACCAACCCAUUCCUUUCCAGGGUGGAGAUUUCCAUGAAGCAAUUCACAUGGUGGAGGAAGCAUACAAGUGCUUGGCAUGCGGAAUGGUCUUCUCAGAUGAAACCCAAUAUAAUAUCCAUUUGCAAAUGCUGAGUGGAAAGAAGACUCAUCAGGGCUUGGAGUGUGGAAACAGCUUCCUUUGCAGAGCAGAGCUUUUUAAACAUCAGCAGAUACAUGUAGGAGAGACACAUUAUAGUUUCUCAGACUAUGGCGAGGGUUUCUCAGAGGAAUCGGACCUUAUUAAACACCAAAGCAUUCAUUCAGGAGAGAAGCCAUUGAUCUGUUCAGAGAGUGGAAUGACAUUCUCUGAUGGAAGACAGGGAAAUCUGUAUUUCCCAAGGAACACUGCAAUGAAGUCAUGUAAAUGCUUUCAGUGUGGAAGGUACUUUAAAUACAGAUCACAGCUCCUUGUUCACCAAAGAAUACACACAGGGGAGAUACCUUUUGAAAGCUCAGAGUAUGGAAAGAGAUUCAGUCACAGUGGUGAUCUCUUACUGCAUCAAAGAACCCACACAGGAGAGAAACCUUUUGAGUGCUCAGAAUGUGGAAAGAGAUUCAGUCAGAGAGGCCAACUUCACAAGCAUUUAAGAACUCACUCAGCGGAAAAACCUUUUGAGUGCUCAGAGUGUGGAAAGAGAUUCAGUCUAAGCAGCCACCUUCAACUGCAUCAAAGAACCCACACAGGGGAGAAACCUUUUGAAUGCUCAGCAUGUGGGAAGAGAUUCAGUCAGAGUGCCCAUCUCCUAGUGCAUCAAAGAAUUCAUACAGGAGAGAAGCCUUUUGAAUGCUCAGAAUGCGGAAAGCGAGUGAGUGACAGUAGCAGUUUUCAACGGCAUCUAAGAACACACACAGGGGAGAAACCUUUUGGCUGCUCAGAGUGCGGAAAGAGAUUCAGUCAGAGUGGCUAUCUCCUGCUGCAUCAAAGAACACACACAGGGGAGAAACCUUUUGAAUGUUCAGAAUGUGGAAAGAAAUUCAGUCGGAGUGGCCAUCUUCACAAACAUUUAAGAACCCAUACAGGGGAGAAACCUUUUGAAUGCUCAGAAUGUCAAAAGAGAUUCUAUGGGGCUGGCAAUCUUCAGCAACAUCAACAAAUCCACACUGGGGAGAAACCUUUUGAAUGCUCACAAUGUGGAAAGAGAUUCUGUCGGAGUGGCCAUCUUCACCGGCAUUUAAGAACUCACACAGGAGUGAAGCCUUUUGAGUGCUCAGAACAUGGAAAGAGAUUUAGUCUGAGUGGUGAUCUACUGCAUCAAAAAACGCGCACAGGGGAGAAGCCUUUUGAAUGCUCACACUGUGGAAAAAGAUUCCGUCAGAACAGCCACCUUUAUAAGCAUUUAGGAACUCACACAGGGGAGAAACCAUUUGAGUGCUCAGAGUGUGGAAAGAGAUUCAGUCAGAGUGGUGAUCUUCUCAAGCAUUUAAGAACUCACACAGGAGAGAAACCUUUUGAGUGCUCAGAGUGUGGAAAGAGAUUCAGUCAGAAUGGCAGUCUUCAGCAGCAUCUAAGAACCCACACAGGGGAGAAACCUUUUGAGUGCUCAGAGUGUGGAAAGAGAUUCAGUCAGAGUGGAAGUCUUCUGCAGCAUCAUAGAACCCAUACAGGGGAGAAACCUUUUGAGUGCUCAGAGUGUGGAAAAAGAUUCAAUCGGAGUGACAAUCUUCAACAGCAUCAAAGAACUCACACACAGAGGAUAAUCCUUUGAAUUCUUAGAAUAUGGAAAUCACUUUUCAGCAGCAUCUAAGAACCCACACCAUGAACUCACAUGGGGAGAAUCCAUCUGAAUUCUCAAGAGUGUGGGGAGUGAUUCUGUCAACCUCACCAUUAUCAGUAGCUUUAAAGAACCCACACAAGAAAAAAACCAUGUAAAGUCUUAGCUUGUGAAAAGAGUUUUUCUCUUAUUUCACACCUAAAAGACAACCAAAGACCAUAGAAACCAUGGUUUGGAGUAGUGGUUAAGUGUGCGGACUCUUAUCUGGGAGAACCAGGUUUGAUUUCCCACUCCUCCACUUGCAGCUGCUGCAAUGGCCUUGUGUUAGCCAUAGCCUUCACAGAGUUGUCCUUGAAAGGGCAGCUUCUGGGAGAGCUCUCUCAGCCCCACCUACCUUACAGGGUGUCUGUUGUGGGGGAAGAAGAUAAAGGAGAUUGUAAGCCGCUCUGAGACUCUGAUUCAGAGAGAAGGUUGGGGUAUAAAUCUACGGUCUUCUUCCUCUAAAGUCUUCUAAUAACCUUACAUCUGUCCAGAAUCCCGAACUUAACCUGGAAGAAAUGAUAGAAAUGGUUGGACUGAGGAAAGAUCUUAAAUAAAUCUCAUAGGGAAGAAAGAAAGGAUGUGUUCUGAAGGUGAAGGAGAUUCAAGAGCAACCCAUAUUUCCUUAACAAGGAAUCUGCACAGGUGAAGAACCUCAUAAAUACUCACUGUGUACCAAAAGCUUGAGGCAGAGAUCCAGAGAUAAAGGCAAACCUUUCCUAUAGUGGGUUAUGAGGCUCUUCUUUAAAUGCCCAGGUGUUGGAGGCUCAGAAAUGCUCUGAAAGUAGUUAUGUGAAGGGACUUUUUAGUGGUUGCCCUACUUCAGUACAUCUGCCAAGCUAGCUCUUUCUGACAUUUGCAAAACUGGCAAAAACAUAUCUGU